ACUGCCUCUUUGUCAAAGAUUCCUGCCUCAAAGUCUAGAGCAAAGUCAUUGCUCCCGCCAAGACCCAGCUCAGCUUGCUCCUUAACUACUAAAAGGGCCACUUUUCUUGAUACAGACAGUUGUUAUGUACGGCCUUCCUCAGCAGGCCCAAGAGACUGCUUGCCCUACUCAAAAUCAGAUACUAAGGAUGGAGUAAGCAAGAGUCCUGAAAAGCGUUCCUCUCUACCAAGACCUUCCUCUAUCCUUCCUGCUCGAAGAGGUGUAUCAGGAGACCGAGACAGAGAGGAGAAUUCUCUCUCCCUCACAGCUUCUCUCCCUUCAGUACGACGGACCACACGAUCAGAGCCAAUUCGUAGCAGAACAGGAAAAAGUGGAACUUCAACUCCCACUACUCCGGGCUCCACUGCCAUCACUCCAGGGACACCACCAAGCUAUGCCUCCCGUACCCCAGGCACUCCAGGGACACCCAGCUACUCCAGGACCCCACACACUCCUGGCACCCCCAAAUCUGCCAUACUGGUACCUACUGAGAAAAAGGUUGCCAUAAUUCGCACUCCUCCUAAAUCUCCAGCCACUCCAAAGCAGCUACGGGUUAUUAAUCAGCCUCUACCUGACCUCAAGAACGUCAGGUCCAAAAUUGGAUCAACAGAUAAUAUCAAAUACCAGCCGAAAGGGGGACAGGUUAGGAUUUUAAACAAGAAGAUCGAUUUUAGCGAUAUUCAAUCCCGCUGUGGUUCCAGAGAUAACAUCAAACAUUCUGCAGGGGGAGGAAAUGUACAAAUUGUAACCAAGAAGAUUGACUUGAGUCAUGUGACUUCCAAGUGUGGCUCGCUCAAGAAUAUCCACCACAAGCCAGGAGGUGGGCGUGUGAAAAUCGAGAGCGUAAAACUGGAUUUCAAAGAAAAAGCUCAGGCUAAAGUUGGUUCACUGGAAAACGCCCACCACGUACCUGGUGGUGGUAACGUCAAGAUCGACAGCCAGAAGCUAAACUUCAGAGAGCACGCUAAAGCCCGUGUCGAUCACGGGGCUGAGAUCAUCACACAGUCACCAGGCAGGUCCAGCGUGGCUUCACCACGCAGACUCAGCAACGUCUCAUCCUCUGGAAGCAUCAACCUGCUUGAGUCGCCCCAGCUUGCUACCCUCGCUGAAGAUGUCACGGCAGCCCUUGCUAAGCAGGGCUUAUGAAUCUGCUCAUUUCGCAUUGUAUGAAGUAAUAAUAUCUAGGCAUGAGCUCUUGGCAGGAAUGGGCUCAGAGCAGGUGUUACAUUCAUUCUUUACCAUGUCUAAAACAAAGUCACAUCCCAAGACUUGUAGUUACCAUACAGUUAAAAAAACAGAAAAAAAAUAUAAUUAAAUAGACGCAGAAAUUGGCCUGAUCUCCAUUUACAACAGGAAGACACUGGCUUUAUAUGGGUAAUACAACUGCAGUAUGUUACAUUGGACAAUUAUUGUUGCUCUGCUCUGUCUUGCAUGGAGUACCGUACUAUGAUAAAAUGCAUUUUUACCUUUCAUGUGCCUGAAGGCCAUCCACCUCUUUCUGAAGAGCCUUGUUAAUAUCCCAAGUUGCUCAUUUCACUGUUCUGUUGAUAGCUGGGGAAAUGAAAGAAAUUGCCCAUUGUAAGUUAUGACAGGUUAAAUGAACAGUUUGCUUAGCAGAAGGAAGGGCAUAUAGAGAAAUUCAAGUUUA